AUUUAUCUGCUCACUAACCUAGCUAUUUUUAUAUCAGUAGCAAGUGCAACAAAAAAUACUUGAAAAUGGCUGAUGAAAAUCCUCAGAAUAAAAUUCUUGUUAUAACAUGGAAGAUCAGGCUCGCACUUUUUGCUUUCUGCUAUGGCUGUGAGAUCAGUCGUCGCUCCAAUGGUACUAUCAACCGCUUUAUUGUGACAUUCUUUGAUCACAAAUCAUUUCCGUCCAAGAAACCGUUCAACGGCGUCACGACGACCGAUAUUACCAUUGAUAAAGCUCGCAAACAUCUCUGGUUUCGUCUCUAUAAUCCUACGCCCACCGGAGAUAGUAAACUGCCGGUUAUUUUCUACUUUCACGGCGGUGGCUUUGGCUUUUGCGCACCCCACUCAAGACCUUAUAAUAACUUCUGUUACCAACUUGCUAGCAAACUGUCCGCCAUUGUCAUCUCUGUCAACUACCGCCUUGCUCCGGAGCAUCGUUAUCCAUCUCCAUACGACGACGGUUUCGAUACGCUAAAGUUCAUCGAUGAAACAACGUCGAUCCUAGGGUUUCCGAGUCACGCAAAUCUGAAACACUGCUUUCUUGCCGGAGAUAGUGCAGGAGGCAAUAUAGUUCAUCAUAUUAUGGUAAAAGCCAGUCAACACAAGUUUCGCAACCUAAACUUGAUCGGAGCAAUGCUAAUCCAGCCGUUUUUCGGCGGAGAAGAGCGAACUGAGUCGGAGUUAACGCUCGACAGAAAAGUUCCGUUUAUUAAUAUGGAGCGUACAGAUUGUGUGUGGAAGGCUUUCCUGCCGGAAGGUUCCGACAGGGACCAUCCUGCUGCGAAUGUGUUCGGGCCGAAUGCUGAUGAUAUUUCGGGAUUAAACUUUCCGGCAAGCAUUGUUUUUGUCGGAGGGUUUGAUCCGUUGAAAGACUGGCAAAAGAGGUAUUAUGAUGGAAUGAAGAGAUGCGGAAAAGAAGUGAAUUUGAUAGAGUAUUCUGAUACUUUUCAUUCAUUUUAUGUUUUUCCUGAGCUUGCUGUGUUUUCUUUGCUCAUCAAGGACAUGAAAGAUUUUACGCAAAAGCAAAUAGUUGCUGCAGAAAAAUGAGUUUUCUUGUAGAUUUGUUUAGUCUGUAAAUUUCCAUUCAACUGUAGUGUUAUAAAUUAUGUUAAGAUUAUGCAGUCUGAUUUUUAGAGAAGAACCGAAGUGAACUGACUUUUUUUAGUCGAACCGACUUAACCAACUGGUUCAAUAUUUAAAAUAUUGUCGUAUUUGUAACCAAAAUUUUUAAUAAAACUUUCUCCGCUAGGGGGCGAUUAUUCGCCU